AUGUGGCCCACCGGUGUGCGUCAGGUGCCGUGCGAAAAGGGCUGCUCGGCCUGCGGCGACGCUGACCUGCUCCCUAACGUGGAGCUGGGCCUGCCGUUCGAGCUGGUUAGUCGCCGGCUGGACGGCAUGGUCUCCUGCUUGCAGACGAAGCUGGCUCUUCUGACCGAACGGGAAGGCGGCGGUGUGCCGGGCAUGCAGGACCCAGCGGUGGCCGACGGCGCCCAGCUGGUGCGAGAGCUGCGCCAACAGCUGGAGACCGCCGAGCGGACCGUCCUGGAGCAGCGCCAGCUGAUCAUGGGCACCACAGGGCCGGACGACUGCGACGGCUCGUUCCAGCACAACGCCUUCCUGCUGGAGGAGCGCGAGGAGCUGGCAAUGCGGGAGCGCAUGCUGGAGGAGCAGCGGCAGGCGCUGGGUCGCGAGCGUGAGAUGUACACUGAGGCGGUGCUGCGGCUCGGCCGGGAGCGGGUGGCGUUUGAGGAGGAGCGGGCGCAGGCGGUGCGGGCGCAGUUCCUGGCCAGCUCGCCGCUGCUCUCCGGUGAGUCGCAGGGAGGCCGGCGGUCGGGCGCCGCUCUCGUGCGCCGGGCUGGGGGCUCGCGGCCGUGCAAGACCUGA